AUGGCUCGCCGGCUAGUCCGAGCGAGCGUACAGCUCGGUUUGAUUGCAACAUUCAUACUACUCCUGGUGGUUGUUCUUGAUAAUCGAUUUCGUGUCCUUCCCUCGUCCAUCCAUGGCCAUCUUCCAUCGCAUUAUUCCGGCUACGUGAUCACAGAUGUCACUGUCACCCAAUGUUCCUCAAUCAAUCCUUUCUCGAGCUGUAAGCUAGACCCGGAAACUUGGUACCGCGUCGACAAGGAUCUUUAUUUGCGCACGGGCUGGACCUCGAGUGCCUACGUCCAAUUUAAACGGAAAAAGGAGGAGGAGCUGAGUUCUGAUGACAAAGUGGUCAUCGACUUGAAAAUCAGUCGUCUUACUCCUACCGCGGAGUACGUCGGAAAGACAGAGAUUGAGGCAUGGGAACCCCGGCCAGGAGGCAUUUGGCUCAAGCGCUCCUCCUCUCGUCACGCUAGUGAUUCAGAAAAUGCUGUCACAUACAUCGAUGUCCUCUUUGGAGCGGACGCGGUCGAUCCUCGUCCCAAUUGGGAAGUUAAAGACACUCCGAUUCUCUUGGAUAGUUGGACAGAACAGUUGGAGACUCGUCUUAGUAUUCGGAGAGGGCACCCGCAGGCCAAACCCAAAAAGCCGGUUCCCAGGAUCAAUGAGAACCAGAAGUUUAAGGUGAUGCAGUUGGCAGAUCUUCAUAUGAGUACAGGUCUUGGUGCAUGCCGUGAUCCUGUUCCUGCGGAAGCGGUGGCCGGUCAGAAGUGUGAAGCCGAUCCUCGAACCUUGGAAUUCGUCGAGCGUCUUCUUGACGAAGAGAAACCGGACAUGGUGGUAUUCUCAGGUGACCAGAUCAACGGAGAGACCGCCCCAGAUGCACAAAGUGCUCUUUUCAAGUCUGUAAAACUUUUGAUCGACCGCAAGAUUCCCUACGCAGCCAUCUUCGGAAACCACGAUGACGAGGGUGACCUUAACCGCGAGCAACUCAUGUCCAUAUACGAAGAGCUGCCAUACUCUCUUUCAGCCGCCGGCCCCGAAGACAUUGACGGGGUCGGAAACUACAUUGUCGAGGUCCUCGACCGGGGCAAGAGCGCACACUCUGCACUGACUUUCUAUCUCCUCGACACACAUUCCUACUCUCCUGACGAGCGUCAGUUCCGCGGCUACGACUGGAUCAAGCCGAGUCAAACGCGCUGGUUCAAGAACACUGCCCAAAGCUUAAGCAGAAAGCACCAUGAAUACUCCCAUAUCCACAUGAAUGCGGCAUUCAUUCACAUUCCGCUCCCUGAGUACCGCAUGCAAGGAAAAUACUUCAAGGGUGCAUGGAUGGAAGCCCCCACCGCACCAGGAUUCAACUCUGGCUUUAAAGACGCCCUCGAAGAAGAGGGCGUCUUGUUUGUCAGUUGCGGACAUGAUCAUGUCAAUGAUUAUUGCAUGCUCGAGCAAGAUGACAACGACAAGCCAUCUCUCUGGAUGUGCUACGGUGGCGGCGUCGGCCUGGGCGGAUACGGUGGCUACGACAAUUAUGUCCGAAGAGUGCGAUUCUUCGACUUUGACAUGGGCGCUGGUCGCGUCUCGACGUACAAGCGUUUGGAAUGGGGCCAAACGGAGGUCAAGAUCGACGAAAUGUUGAUCGUGGAUGGUGGUACCGUCAACAGUCCGGACAAAGCAUUCUAG